ACUUUUUAAUGCCUGUAAAUUAAUCCUAGUAACAUUCUUUCUUCCCAUGUCCUUUCCCAUUUGUCAUAUUUUACUUAUCUAUACAUCUACAUCAUCAAUUGCCUUUAACUUUCUUCUCUGCUCUCUAACAUCUACAGUAGAUGGGCAUGUACAGACUUUCUUGAAGAACUUUCUCCUGGACUGUGUUGUACUCUGUUCACAUUCAGCAUACACACCCUCCUCCUUGUUCAUACCCCCCAUCUCCUGCUACUCUAUUUUCCUGGCUGUGGCACUGGCAGCACCCAGAAACAGAUCAGAGGCUUCUCCAGCCUGUUCCAGCAGAGGUGAAAAAAUACCCCCAACUCCACAACCCCAGCAGGGAAACUGCAGGCAGCCAAAAGAAAUACGAUUGGGAAUCAUUCUUGAUAGAGUGAAAGGUGCCCCACCAGGCAAUGGGGCCAUCCGGCUGACAGGUUACCACCAGAAAACUGGUCAGGUGAUUUGCACCAGCAAUUCAGGAUUUAAUUAUUGCACUAAUUUCAUCAGAUCAGACAUCAAACACAGUUACUUCAUGUUUGGAGAGGAACAGGUAAUAUUUUCAGAUGUUAUGCCACAGGAAGAUAUGAUCCUUGUUGCUCGCUUUUAUCACUGCCCAAAUGGGAGGGAAGCAUCUGAGUUCUGGGACGAAUUCAACCCCCAUUAUCAGCCAUCACUAGGGAGUGAACAAUGGUUAGCUGCCUGGGCGGUGUGCAGACUAACUAAGUGGUUUGAAUCUUGUGAAGUGAUGUUUGCAGGUGCAAAGAAGAAAAAGGAAUCCAGAAUGACUAUGUGGAAUAUUGGAACACAUACAUUAUCUCUGUAUCAAAGUCCUGUGCCACCUCUAACAGUUUUGUCCAUCGUGUCAGCAGAACACAAGAGGUAUGGUGGUGCUACUUUGAGACUACACAUCUUUAGCACCCAGAAACCUGAGCUGCCUUUCCCACCAGAGUCACCAGCCACACUUGAUCCUGCAGAAGCCUGAUCCCAUGUGAGUGCUAGAGGAAGAACAUUUGGCCGUC